AUGUUCGAAAACCUCGAUUCGAUUUUUCGGAAUUCAUUUCAGAUCCAACAAUAUUCUGCGUCAGUUGGAAACUUUUCAGAUCUAAACUGUACCAACACGGACGGCUAUUUCACCUGGACUUUCAAACUUACGGAUGCUAAUUGCUCUAUUGUGAAUGCUUGGGUAAAGCAAAUCGUGGCGAGCUCGUCGUUCUACAAAACUGGAUAUACUUCAUGCGGAAGCGAAACAUUCACAGCGUACGUUACACUAGUCACACGGUUAACCAUUCACAGCGUACGUUACACUAGUCACACGACUCACCAAUUUUUUGCGUCACGUGGAAUUGGAGACUUUUCAGAUCAGAAGUGUACCGAUGUGAACGGCCAUUUAGCCGAGACUUGCACACUUCUGAACGCCAAUUGCACCAGGGUGAAGAUGUAUGUUAAGCGGAGACUGAGCGUCAAUAACGACUUCAUAAAUGGAACAUUUACAUGCGUUCCUGCAGGGACAUCAACAUCGGCGAAUGCGAACUUGAUUGAAAUAACAACAACACCACCACCACCAACAACAACAACAGCAACACCAUUAGUGAUAGUGCCAGGUGGUGCCCUUCCAGUCGCACCAGUCGUUAUACCAUAUCAGUCGGAUUAUGAAGAAACAGCAGAGCAUGUAGAAGAGUCUGCGUCUUUAUUCGAGAGCAUGUCUAUCACGAGCCUUUGA